GUCGUUGUUUUGACUAGCGUUCAUCCAGGUUCUGCUGGCAGGAGUUACACGCGUGUUAUGACACAACCAAUCAGCAGAGAGAAGGAGCAAACAGGUUCAGCAGGCUGAUGCAGAUGAUUCAAGAGAUGAUUUCAGAAAUAACUUCUGCUCUUCUGUCCUGCACUGCAAAGGAAAUGCCAAACGGGUGCAGUGUUUCACAAUCAGCUUUACUUUUAGAAUGACUGCCCUACCUCAAAAACAGCUUCCUGUUCCUCAUAAUCUAAAAGAAACUCACUGAAGGAGGCGUGUCGUCAGGCUGAGCGAAGAAUGAAAUUAAAUAAGAAGUGAAACUGUAACAAGUGCAAAUGGAGGUGUAGCUGUGAGUUACAUUUCCAGCUGGAUGUGACCAGAGCGAUAGAGUAGAACCGACUUUAAACUCAAGGGAUGGCUGCAAGUGUAUUAAUUAAAGUCCUCGUCAGCGUUGGGAUCUUUUUUCAAGGAGCUCAUUCAGAUGUGAAAUGCAGGAAUGACCGUGGAGAUGAGGUGGACUGGUAUAUUCUAUACAAGCUGCCCAAAACAAAAAAGGAUGGUUUGAUCUACUACAUGGAUGAGAACACCAAUGGUUGGACAGCCAGCAACCAGAAAAUUGACAGCGUGUCUGGCUGUGUGGGGAGGACACUGAAGCCACUGCUUGACUAUUAUGUCAGAAAGACUGAAAAUUUUGGAUAUUUGCUCUACAACGACCAGCCUCCAAAACCUUACGCUGCUUCUUCGUCAUAUGGUCACAGUAAAGGGGUUGUGAUGUUGGAUAGACAAACUGGAGUUUGGCUGUCUCACAGUACACCACAAUUUCCAGCUUAUCAGAGUCAAAAUUUCUGGCCAGAAAGUGGAAACAAAAACGCCCAAACAUUCAUGUGCAUUACGUUCCCCUACGCUCAGUUUAAAGAAAUCGGGCUGCAGCUGAAGUACAUCCACCCUUAUUCCUUUGACUCUCAUUUUUCAACAACCUUCCAUGAGGAGCUGCGCUGUGUUGCACAACGAAGCUGUUACCCAAAAAAGGAGCCCUGGUUCAAAGUGGGGCAGUUGACAUCUAUGGGGGGUCGCAGCUUCCUCAGCUUUGCAAAAUAUACACGCUUUAAAGAUGACCUGUAUUCUGGACUUAUCACCAAUGAACUGCCGUCGAAUCUCUUCGUCAAGAGUUGGGGGAAGAUGCGCGACCCCCUGGCCUCCAACUGCAGCUCCAGCAUCCCUCAUCACGUCUAUAACGUGAAGUCGGUGAAGUUACAGAAUGAUAAAUUCGAUAACAUGGUCGAUCACUCCAAAUGGUGCGUGACCUCGGAUGAGAGCUGGACUUGUGUUGCUGACAUGAACAGAGAGACGAGUCAGAUGAGCAGAGGUGGGGGGGCACUGUGCAUGUCCAGCAACAACGUGGGGAGGGCUUUCAGAUCAAUGAUCUCAGAGUACGAACCGUGUAAAACAAAGUCUGAUGCUAAAAAGAGAGAACUGUGAGGUGAAAUGCUGACUGAUGUUAAAAACUUUUUCUAUUUUAGAUUUUAUCAGUCUUUCAGUGUCUUGAAUGUAACAGAGUGAUUUCCUAAUCAUCAGUUGCUGGACUACUUCCUGUCAAGAGUUAUAACAGAUUAUGUGUUUGUUUAUGCUUUUAAGAGAAAACUAAAUUAGCUUCAUGACUUAUUAUCAAAAAUUACCAUGAGGUUUUAUUACCUGAAAUUACUGCAUUGUCUUUUUUAAUGUAGUUUUUAUUUAAAAAAUGUGAAACAAUUUGCUUUUUUUUGUGGUUUCCAACCUAUUUUUGAUUGAGAGAUGUUUUUAUUCGGGAAAGCUUUUAACUGAUGUUAGUCUAAUAAGGAUUUUAAUUGUUAUCUUCACUUUCAGCAGGUCCUGUUGGGGAUGGAUUUUCACAUUUGUUUCUGUUUGGGUUUUUGUUUUAUGAUGUCUUUUAUUUUUAGAUGGCAUUUUGUGAUUUUAUCAUGCAAAAAAUGUUACAUAAAUAUAAAUGUGUCAUUCUUUUUACAAUAAUAAUGAAUAUUAGCAGGAUUCAAAAAUUCUCUAAUGGAAUGGAUAAAUGCUUUUGACAUUUUAUUAAGGAUGAAUUUCAUUUUUGAAGACAAGAAUGUACUUUUUGCAAGUAAAAAAAAUAGUUUUUUGGCAAAUCCCAAAUCUCAAAGUCCCGUUUCAGUUAUCUUAUUAUUUAUUUUUAUUUAAAUGUGGUUCCAGUGGUUAUUUGAUUAUGAUUUUGCUUUUUUUUAGACAAAAUUUGAUUUGUUCUUACACAGAGUACACAGAUGUCUGAACAUGUCAAAGGCUUGACAAGACUGUAGAACCAUGUUUAUGUGAAUGAUAUAAAGUAUUUAUGCUAAUGCUCAAUACUCCAAUUAAUAUUUAUAUAGUAGGCAUAUUGUUAUUAUUAUUGCUAAUUGUUGUUUUUAUUGGAAGUCUUUGAACUUGCUGUAGGAUCUGAUCUAUUAGUUCUUUCUGCAGUUUAUUCAGAGAUCAGUUGCAGCAGUGAGCACUACUGUUUACAUUAUGGAAUGCACUGCAAUAAAAUAAUAAUAAUAAAUUAUUAAUUUAAUUGCAGCACUUGUAUAACCGAUAUGUUGUGAAUCUGGGGUCUGAAACCCGCGGCUCUGGAGCCACAUGUGUAGCUCUAUGGUUAAAACGAAAUGUUUUAAUACAUUUAAAGAGGUAACUUAAACUUUAUUCAUCUCAUUCACAUUCCUCAACGAGGAUCUAACAGCAAUAGCCUCAAUUCUCCAUCAAUCCAUCAAUCAUUUUUUAGUGUACUGACACAUUUGAACUUUUUUUGAGCUUCGUUAAUUAAAGAAAAUCAAUUUAUGUCAGUAAGGACAAUCAGAAUCAAAGGUACCAUAAUUUAAGUUAUAUACUGGAUUUUAAAGCUGUUUAAAAAAAAAAUUCAAGGAUUUAAAGUGUGCAUGAUGGUUUAAUGUAUAAUAGGGGUCCACUUAGCUCUGAUUUAGUUUUUGUUAGUUAUAUUUCUAAAUGUGUGAAUGAGAUGCACCAGAAACUGUAAAAUAAUACUUAUACAGUAUAUAUAUAUAUAUAUAUAUAUAUAU